UGACUCUUGAGAUCUGUUGUUUUAAUUCAUAUUUGCUUCUCUUUUUUCCUAAUACCUCUUUUCAGUUACAGAAGAAGAUAGAACAUAAGCGUUGGCUGUUUUUUAAGCUCCAGAGUACUAUUGAGAAAUGAGACUUAUUCCUCGUUUAUGUUCCAAAGGAUACUUUCGAUAAUAAAUUUGUGAACAGUGAGUGAACAGUGAAGUCACUGAACACGGUCAUUGAACAACAGUAAACUAUAAACUACGAUUUACGAAUCACUUCAUUCGGUCGUUUUUCAGUGUUCCACUAAACUUAUGUUAUGCUGAAAUUUUAAAUAGCAGCCUUUCAUUUGUUUUUUUCACAAGCCAACUUUAAAUACUUUACAAAACGCGAAAAUGGAAAUGGUGUGUUUGAUUUGAUGGUGAAGUGAAGCUGACAUUUAAUUCAAUGACCUUUUAAACAGACCGAAAGUGUAUCAAUAUUCAAUACAAUAUGUUGUGUAGCCUGUUCCAACACCGAAAUUGUAUACAAUAAAAAGUAGCUGCUACUGUUUUCUACUAAUCUCAUUCAUAAACAAUGGGGUUGAAAAGGGCUCCGCCAUAAAACUAUCAGUGGGUCGUUAGUCCGUCAUAAAACCAUAAAAUAAAAUUCAUGACAUCGGUGCAAAAAAAGGUGUUAGUCGACGAUGGUGGAUCGGCCUCAAAGUGAUAGGAGGCUGUCGAGAUAUGAUCGAGGGAUUCAGAGCUAUGCUGCUAACAGUUCAAUUUGGGCAGCUGGAAGACCACGUUGUGGUGCACUCAGCUAAUGAGUACCAAAGUGUGGCAUCGUGUAAUGUAUGUUCGCGAUGUCGGGCAAGCCCGCGAAUGUGGGCGCGUCGCGAGCGGGCGUGGCGGGUGCGCCGCGCGUGCUGGUGUACGUGGCGGAGCAGCGCCAGCUAGAGCCCGGCACCGCACCGCCCGACCUGGACACCCUUCGACACUCGCCACUGGAAUCCCUAUACCUGCCUGAUAAUUUGCAGCCGCAGCUGCGAUCAUCUUUUUAUCGUACACAAUCAGAAGGAGUUGAACAAAGAUCGCACCAGAACCAAUUGUUUUACAAGAAUUUUAAUGACAGUGAUGAUAAAAUUGACAGUUUAGGGUCUAUUGAAAAUAUAACUCAGUUGCCAGAUUUAUAUCCUGUAUCACAGCAGUAUGUCAAAGAUUCCUGUAUUAAAGUAGAAGAAACAAAAAGUGAAGGGUCUAGUGGAAGCAACUAUCGGCAGGAGGACUGUGCUGGUCCACUUAGUUCAGAUUUGGGUUGUGUAGAAACAUUCAGUGCUCGAUUACCUGUAGGAACUGUAGACACCGCUACUCAAUUGAGAUGUGUCAUUCCGGGAAGUUCCAAUGGUACUAUGCCCCAUAUGCAACAAAUGGCCAUUCAUCAUGGGCAAAAUCAGUUUUGUGAAAGUGUGACAGUACAAAGUGGUGAAGUAGCCAACUGUAGUGAGCAAGAAUUAUCAAUUGGAAAGAGUUAUGUGAACUACCAAUUUUUAGAACAGAGUGUCUCUCAUCAGUCAAUAGUAAAUCAAAGUAUAAGUAUCUUAAACCAGCAAGUUGGGGUUAACAAUGGAAUUGCUAAUGAAGUAGAUAGCAGUAGCAGUCCACAACUGGUUCGGACUGCUGAUGGUGUUGUGUUAGCAGUACUUCCUGCACCUGUUGUACCAUCUCUUGAUUCUUUAGAAAACAACUCAAGGAAUCAACAAAGUGAACAUUCACUUUCUAUAACAGUGCCGUUAGGGUGGAGGAGAAUAGUCAAUGGUGCGUCAGUGUUGUAUAUUAGUCCGAGUGGGACAGCGUUGAGUACGUUGCCUCAAUUGCGAGAAUAUCUACAGACUGCUGGCACCUGCAAGUGUGGCUUACCUUGUCCGCUCAGGCCGGAAAUGGCCUUUAGUUUCGAUCCAAAGGUGAUCAGUAAACCUUAUCAAGCCGCUUCCGAGGCCGAAUCAACGAAGUUGUGCAACCAUAAGCGGAAAUUGUUGGCAACACUGCAGUCGAGGUCGCAGUCACCCGCCACUCCACCGCCACAAAACAUGGAACAAAAGAGAGUUAUGAGUACCGAGAUUGUGCUGAAGAAGAAAACUAAGAGAAGGGGUGGACUCCCAACUAAUGUUACUAUGUCACAAGUCAUGGUGCAAAGGGAAUUAUCGCUACACGAUGUAAAGUUCCAUGACACUGAACUCAAUAGAGAAAUUGUUCAGACAUCUCAACGUGUCGUUAACAACCAACCGUGUCCACCAUCAGCGUACGGGUCAUCUCAACAAAAUCUCUCGGGCGUUGCACCUCAGGGCAACGAGAUGAGACACGAAGCACACCCUCCAAGAAGUUCCCAUUACCUAACUGUCAACAGUGGCUGGAUUUCCCAACACCAAGAAAAGUCAGACAAUGGACAGUCCUCGAGUCAUUCGACGAUGACUACUGUUCAACCAUCUCUUAAUGGCACACCAGUAUUAGGUUCCAAUGGUCAAAUAAUUGGCGUGAAUACAGGGUACAGCAAAUAUUCAAGUUACAAGAAUAAUAUGGCCGUUAACUCGAACGCAACGUCACAGGAACUGAAAGACGAAAAGAAAGAAAUGAACAUACAGCAUCAAAAACAUUCUUAUAAAGAAGAGGAAUCUCAAAUGUUUUGCGGUCUUAAUCAAGCGUUAACGCCAGAAGUUAUGCAAAAAAUAAACGAACAACAACAUAUAUUUAUUCAACAAAAUCAAAAACAAAUAGAAAUGGCCAUGAAAGGUUUCCGAUCGCAAUUGACGGAUAACGGCAACCAAAACAAAUCGCAAAAUCAAAAUCAAUACAAUCAAGCGCAGUUAGUGAUACAAAACGGUGCCGUUGUUAAAACCAAUCCCGCGAAAACUCCACCGUGGCAAGUGAAGAGAAAUGAAUCUGCGAAUUCAAUGACAAGCCCUGGUAUAAAGGCAAGCAAGUCUGAUAAUCUGGACAGCGAAGAAGCGAACACAAACGUAUCGGAGGACUCGUCAAGUUCCUACAGUUCGUUUUCCAGUGAACAAUCAGUAAACCACACCGUAUGUUCCCGGGUGCCGCCGCUACCGCAGCACUACUCGAUGCUGGGACAACACUGGCCUGUUAUGGACACAACCAAGAAACGAAACAAACCCAACAGUAAAGGCAGUAAAAAGAAAAACCCUCCCACGGAAAAUAAAAUGCUGUCCUACGGUAAUAACGGAGUUCGUCUGGUGCACGAUUCGAAAGGAAACACAAACGAACUACCGAACACUAAUGUUCCUUCUUUUAUGGAUGAUCCUAAUGGGUACCUAGCUCAACAAACCGUUUUGCUAAACAAUACCAUUUCCAGACAAGUGGGCAUAAACGCGACAUACGAAAGCUCUCAGUACGACCAUUCUGUAAAUUCUAAUUGUUUCGGAGCACAAAACUCUGAAAAGAAAUCGGCAUCAAAAUCAGUGGAGUCGUCCAACGUGCUAAGGAGUUAUGUGCCGAAUCACUCUUUAUCUCCGACGUCCACGCCAGACAGCAGUGUGCUGUCAGAAAACACACCACAAUGCUGUAAAGGGUGUAACGUAUCGAGGCGGCCCCCAGCUUCGGAAUGCAACGAAAAUCAGUCGAGGUUUAAAUACAGCAAGCACAAUAUUUUCAAAUUGGAGCACGACAAUACGACGUCAAGUACGAAAAACAACUUUGAAGACAAUCCAAUAACAUCUACUUUCGUAGAGCGAUGCUCUUUAGGCGAUAAUAAUGGACCCAUACAGGCAGCUACAGUCAGUACCAGUUCAAUAACGGAAACCUUACAACUUCCCGAACCAUCGCCCACGCUAUCGAAUAGCUCUCGCAAUACAGACACCCCGCACAGUAGCGGUUGUGCUAAUAACCAAGCUUUAUCUAAUUCGAUGUAUACGUUACCGAGUCCGGCCUAUUCGAACACUGGCUCUGGAAGAGAUAGUUUCAGCAGUAAUCCUUCGACACCAGGAAGCGGUCAGAUGUAUCCUUAUAACUCUCCAGGACCACCUGUCAGUAAUCAGUCCAUCACUGGAACACAAAUGCUGCAUUUUAUAUCAAAUCACAAUGUUAAUAAAAAUCUUAUGGAGGUAGACAACAUAUCGACAAUGGUAGGAGUGAAGUCGGGCACGAAAACUCCGCAAGAGAUUUAUAAACUCGAGCACCGGCAUUUGACAGAAAAUGCAAUGCCCGGUUACUGUCCGCCGCCGCAUUUGGGCGGUGGUCCUGCGCACUCCUUGAUACAAACGUGCUAUGUACAGACUUUUGUGACAACAAUGGCCAGUGGCUUCUCUGUGACUAGAGACACUGUAACGUCUGUGUUAGCCGGAAAGGCAAAAACUGCUACAACAUCCAUCAAUGCUUCACAGGCGAAUUUCGUGAGACCCCCGCCGCCGCCCAGCGUCAAUUUAGCGACCUCCUAUGCAAUUCCAAAUAACCAACCAGACCCGUUUAUUAAUUCAGUUAAUUUACCAACGAGCUACCCGCUGCACAUUGCGGGAACCACAGCACAGAAUAUGAUAUCCAAAUCUCCAUUAGAAAUGGUUCAGAAUGUCAUUGGGAAUUUAACUCCUAAAUCUGACAUCAAUAUUUCUCAAACGAGCUCUUUGGCUCAAAUACGAAGGACAUGUCCAACAACUCCAGGACAGAUACUUAUAUCUUCAACUGGCCAAAUUAUCGUGUCCAAUAAUCAUAUGCCCCCACCGCCUCCGAAAACAACCACGUCAUCGUCAUUGCACACUUCAAGUACUAAUGUGAGCGCGUCCGUGACUCAAGUCAUACCGGCCGUCGGUGGUGUGCAGUCGCUCGUAAAUCAACCGGCUGUUGUGGUCAAUACCUUACGGGCGCCAUUCGUCCUCCAACCGUCGAUGAUGGCGGUUGACGGUCAGGUUGUUCAGCAAAAUGCUGUUUUGCCGCAGAUCGUAACAGGGGGAAUUGUGUCAGCUCAGUCGUCGCACGAAAAUGCAAGGAACAUUGAUGUCAAAAAUCAAAUGAACUUCGUACAAGGUGUUACGAUGGUAUCACCAGAGAGCAUAAAAAAGAGAAGUAAGAAAAAGAAAAACCAAACUGCCAACAUAACGAGCAUGUUGCAAAUUGCAGCCCCUCAGCAGAACAACAAUUUGAUGGUUCAUCAUUCUUCACCGCAACACAAUUCCAAUUCACAGUUCUCUCCCCGAAGUUUUCAACUAUCACCGAACAAUAAUAUAUCGCCAACUCCGAUGCUGCAAGCUUUGACCAUAGUUCCUGGUAAGUCUGGAACUCCGGCUCACAUCGUAAUGAACGGCCAAAGUAACAACAAUAGUUAUGGAUCUCAACAAAUAUUAGCAAACACGUCUCCCUCUCAACAAAUAAACCUACUACAGCCCGUCAAUCUAAUAAACAAUGCAGGAGGCGUAAUGCCAAACUUCCCGGCCUUCCAACAGUUUAUCGUACCAAAUCUUGGUGGUAUGGUGAUGACAGCCGACGGUGCAGCUCUAAUUCAAGAUAACUCUGCCGGAAUGCCCAUGCAACUUCAACUGCAAGCCGUCAACGGACAGAACGUUCUCACCCCCGUCCAGAACUCGGGGGUGUUCACGGCAGGCACAGGGGGCAGCAUGGUCAUACGCGCUCAAAACCAACAAGGAAAAAUGAUACAGUCACAACACAGUCCCGGGGCGCAGUUUUUGUCACCGAACGGACAGGUUAUGAUGAACAGUCCUAAUUUCAAUGGACAACUGAGUCCGAUGCUGGCGAACCUAAGCCCAACUAAUGUCACGUUUGGAGCGAGUCCGCAGCUGCGGCCCGGCGCGGUGCAAUCUCAGGAGUUCCUUCAGACCAAUCAAAGUGGACAAACGUUAAUGGUCCCGAUGUCGCCGAAGCAAAUCUCGAUAUCGAGCGCGCCGAACCGCGCCUCGUCGACCUUCGUACAAAACACCACUAUUGUUCAGCAGCAGACGACGCUCGUGUCUAAUUCAUCCAACGUGCACGUGGCGUCCGUUCCGACGUCCUCCGCUCGACUGAACUUAGAUCCGAACCUUCUGUUGGGAAAGAAGCACAAGGGCAAAAGCGCGAUUCAGAGGAGUCAGGCUGUUGAAGAGCACAAAGAGGAAGCGAACGCUGAGGAGAACGAAUCUACGCUGCGGCACGUGCGGCACUCUGUGUCUACUCAGACGUUGCUGAACCAGGCGAGGAACAAGUCGCCGGGCAGCAGCCCGCCCGACACCACCACGCACAGCCCGCUCGGCGCCGACACGCGGCUCGCGCAGCCCGACACCACCACGGAGUCGCCCGAGCCCGCAGACACCAGCUCCUCGGCAAUGGUUCAAUGCGUGUCCAGUAGCGAGCAAGACAUGACCGAAUCUCGGGACCAGGUGUGGCCCGCGCCCAAUGACUUCCCGUCCGACACGGACUCACAAAACCUGAUGUCGAACGUACCGUUGCUGCGAGCGAACAUGAGCUCGUCGCCGCUGAACUGCCAGACGGUGAUGCCCGCCGCAUCUGCCUACUACGAGAGGAUGCAUCCGUACAAGAGGAAAAACGAAUUCGGCGACGGGUCCUCGUACAGAUCCGAUAAGAUAAUGCGGACGAACGGGUUCGGCGUUAACCACGGACUGACAAAGGACCUGGAUUAUAGCGCUAUGACUGUGAGCUCGCAAGACCGAAGCUACAGGCACUACCAGGCCGCGUCGGACAGACACAAUUUCAGUUCUGGCGACGAUGCGAAGAGCGACGAGGAGGAUGUCGAGACCGAGGGCGAGGCUGAGGGCGAGGCGGGGGACGAGGCGGAGGACGAGGCGGGACAGAGGGACAGAGGGGACAAGUUCGCGAGGGGGCAGGUGGUGUGGGGCCCGGCGCCGGGGCACGCGUCGUGGCCGGGGCAGCUGGAGCGGCGGCGCGCGGACGGGCGCUGGGAGGUGCGCUGGUUCGGGGCGCGCGGGCUCGGCGUGCUGCACCCCGCGCGCCUGCUCGCGCUCUCCGACGGCCUGGACGCGCACCACGCCGCGCGAGAGCGACACAGGAACAGGAGUAGAAAAUUGAAUACUUUAUUGGAGAACGCGAUCCAGGAAGCGAUGGCGGAACUCGAUAAAAAUAGCGGAACCGGCGCGUCCGUCGCGCAGCGGGAACGGGACCGCGAGGGGGACAGCGACGCCCCCUCCCUCACAGACACUCCGAAGAAGAGUAGGAAACGUGAUAAAUCCAAAAAUAAAGAGAAGAAGAAGAGUGCCGCUAAAAUAUCUCGGAACAAACCGACUGAUACUCGUCUACGGAGCUCACAGUGAAGACGCUGCCGCAGUGGACACGACCUAAAGGCUCUUUAACUAAAUACAAGCAUUAUUACAUAAAUGUUUGUAUAUUACUUUUCGUGUAAAAUAAUUCAUUAUUAUCGUUUGAUGAAUGAGAACUACAACGAACAAUUUACAAAAGGGGCAGUUGUACAUUAUUUUUCUAUUCGAUGUUGGCAGCACGCGUCAACCGUUUGCCUACGAGAGAACCUGACAUUAUUUGUUUCGAGCUCCUGUAGAUUAUACAGACUACUGUGUGCUUAGUGCGAGUUUUUUAACGUUCUCGAUAGAGUAAAAGUAACCCAAAUUUGUAUGCAGUUGGAACAGCGCUUAUAGCGGCAAACGUUUUAAUUCCAUACAAAUUUGAUUUAACUUUUACGCUAUCGAGAACGUUAAAAAACUCGCACUAAGCUCACUGUAUGCUCGAGACUCGCCCCGAGGUAGCUGCGUCGGGCAGAGCGAUGUGGUGACGUCACGCGUGUAACGUUUGUAAGAUCGUCUACCAUUGCGACCAUUGAACCUUUACCUUGAAUAGUAAGAGUAAGAUUAUUAAGCAAAGUAAAGGUGUCCCUUGUUCAUAUACAGGGUGUAAGGUAAAGCCUUCCGGACGCCGAAAAGGAACAGUAAAAUCUAACAUAACCUUAAAAUAACAUUCAUUUGCUAAUCUAUGCAAAUGUCAAGGCCAGCGACCUCUGUAGCCGCGGUCGUGCAUAGCGCCUACACGCAGCUUUAAGCCUGCUGAGUUUCUCGCCGGAUCUUCUCAGCGGGUCGCGAUUCCGAUUCGGUGGUAGAUUCAUUCGCGAAGCAGCUGCUCUUGCGUUGCUAGGUCCCCUUUGGAGGCGUUCGGGCAGCUGUUAGCAAAUCCCACCCCUCUUAGUUGAGCCUUUGCUCGCCCACCUGCUCUGGUGAAACUGGAAAGAACUACGGGUCAAGUAACGCCUCGUUCACAAAAAAAAAACUGGCAGUCUAAUCUAAAAAAAAUAAAACUAUCUGCACAAAUUGUUCACAAUGGUCAGAUUAUUAUUAAGAUGGUAUUCUAGACAUACACAAGAUUUUAAAAAUUAAGUUUAAUUUGCUAGUUGACAAAAUAAAUGAAUUAAAAUGGGGAAAGAAGCCUAAAGUUUUAAUUUUGAAUUCAUUUAAAAGGAUCUCCUAUGACCGCAUGGAAAAACCGCAGAUGCAGUGAUCGAUGAGUCGAACGUAUGUAUGAACGAAAUUGCGCGUUCGCGAAAUUAAAAGCUAGCACGAUAGUUUGGAUUAACAAAUGAAAUUUUUUUUUUCGCUUUUUAUAGGUAUUUUUCUUCCUAUUUCGGCCAAGGAAACCGUUACAUUAGACCCUGCAUAAAUGAACUUUUGUCAUUUAUCAUCACGUUAUAUCGACAUCACAUACAUUAUAGUGAAACUAAUUGUAUAAAAGAAAUUAAUAAUAUAGAGAAACGUUUAUCUUAGAUAGUUCAAUUAUGUUGAGAUUCUAUUUCAUAUACUUCACUUAUACAACGCAAAGCUAAUCAAACUGCGAUGACGAGUGAUUUCUUGCGUCAUGUUCAUCAGACAACUGCCGGCGACGCGGCGUCGGCCUCCAGACAAGUCCUUUUGAAUUUUAGAUGUUCCUAAUAAACUAAAUCGAAAUUAUAAUAUCACUAUUGAAAUCAAUAUAUUAUAAAGCAAUGGUUGAUUAAACGCGAAAUUAUAUAAUGUGAAGUACCUAGUUGUCGAGUAGAUAUUUUAAACGACGAGAUUUAAAAUCUUUGUUGUACUAUUAAAAAUAAUAUGUAUGUAUUUUAGAUUAAUUCGUAGUUAAACAUAAGUACCUAGGCUUGUCAAUGUCAAAACUGUGUUUUCUUGAUGUCAUUUAUGAUGUGGUACAAUUAAUACAUAAUACAGAGAAAUGUUAUUUCAUUAAAAAAUUAUGCUAUAAAUUUUGUAAAUUGUGUUUUUUGUUAGAAAGUAAUAAGUUUAACAUGAUUUCUAGUCAAAAUAUUGAGCAUAUAAUAAAAAUGUAGAUAUUACAUAUAGAUGAAGUAAUUGACAAUAACACAGGCUUGUGUGUGGCGUGGGCCCCGCGUCGACGCUGUUCCGAUUAAAUAAUUAAUAAUUAAUAUGUACAGAACAUUAUUACUUUCGACAUUGUGCUACUUGUUUGCGUUAUUAAUUUUAUACUUUUGUUAAUAUUCUAUGUAUAAAUAUAAGGGCUACAUUUCAGUAAGUUGAAAUUCGGCAAUCCAACUAUGAGUUUCAAUUUAUAAAAUAUAUCACUAACAUAAUAUUAUAAAGUUUUUUCAUAAUAUUUUAUUUAAAUUAGUUUCGAAUUUUUUGAUCAUCGGUUCAGAAGAGUGUGUGUGAGAGUUAAGUUUUGUUUUGAAUGUAAUUUCCAUCACCGAACCAAUCACAUCGUAGUAAAGGUAGAUAGUAAACCACUGUCGUCAUUUUUCAGUUCUAAUCGUAAAGAAUAAGUUCACUCGAAGUGAUAAUAAUUGAUAAGAAUAUGAUUGUGGUAAAAGGGAGAUUAUUUUAAAAAUAUUUUAUUCACAAAAAAAAAGCUAUUGUUAAUAUUAUAGUUCAUAAAUGGUGUUUGAAAAUUUUAGGUAGAUUUUUAAUUGUACACGUCAAUCAGUUUAUUUUUUCUUUGAUAACUAGAUGUUUGUUAUUGUCAGUCAUUGUUAGUUUGUUCGCGAUAUGCAGAAUAUGUUUAAUGUCCCAAAACAUAGCGAAAAUUAAUCAUAGCUUAUGUACUGUUUUAUAAUGUCGUAUUUUAAUAAAGCUUAGAGAUUCCAUAAUAAUAUGAUAAAUGAAUAUGAGUUCAGAUAUUGACAUAGUAUUUAAUGUUAAAUGGUAAUUGUUUAAAAUAGUCGAAUAGCACUUCCCUAUGAGAUGGUAUUAUGUAAAUAAUCCUUCUGUAGUUAUGUAUAGAUUUUAUUUCGAUGAAAUUAAUGUUUUAUAGACUAAUAUACAAUAUAAGAUUAUUUAUUUGUUUUGCUGUGUACAUAUUUUUUUUUUCAAUAAAAUGUACCUGUUUUAA